AUGUCCGAUGUUGAUGAAUCCAUGAGCUAUCUCGACGACGACGAUUUUCUCGUUGCUGGGACUCCGGAAGAGACAACGCGAUCGAAUCGAUCCGAGACCCCUCGGCCAGCCAAGCGGCGUCGCCUAGAAGCUGGCAAAUCUGGUCAGAAUGGAGGAAAGAAGCCAAAGAAGCGAACCGAAGAUGAGUUCGACGACAAUGGCAGUCUUCUGUCAGGGUCAGACUCCUUUAUCGACGACGAUGAGGACUACGAUGAUUACAAACUCCCGCCGUACGAGGAAGACGAGGAAGAAGACAAAGAAGCACACACCAAGCACAAAGUCUUUGUCCCCAAAAACAAUAACUUCCAGGAGAACAUCUUCGUUACGCAAUUGACCCAACCUCCUUCACCCCCAGAAAUGAUCCGUGGCCCUCGAUGGAAAAAGCCCGAUCCUCCGAAACCGCCUACAAACAACACUGUCGUCCCGACAGAUAAUGGUGCAAGUGGGGGUGCUGCUGGGGAUGAGUUUGACGACGACGAGGAUAUGAAGGCUGCCAUUGCGGCAUCAUUAAAUUCAUUCGAGGAAGAAAUCUCUAGAGUGGCUCCCUUGCCAGCACCCAAAGACCCCGCACCACAACCAAGGGCUUCUUCGGGAGGACAAAGUAAUGACCCCGCUCCCUUUGAUAUUGAAGAUAUACCAGAGGAUGCAUUUGACUCGGAUAUUUCGCUGUCUCCUCCCCCUCGACCCGUUCAGACUCAAUUCACCUUAAGCCGCAAUCAACCAACAGGUUUGCGCCAAACCACCCUGUUUAAUAUGGCCCAUAGAAAUAUGGACAUGCCGAUGCAGAUAGAUGAGCAAGAUUUGGCACCGCCUGAGAAGAAUGAACCUCCUACGCAGCAUAAGCUAGAUGAAGAGGCUAUUCGUACGUGGGUCUAUCCAACAAACCUGGGCAAAACUCGAGAUUAUCAGUACAACAUUACCCAGCGCGGCCUGUUUCAUAAUCUGCUUGUAGCAUUGCCCACCGGUCUCGGUAAAACUUUCAUUGCCGCAACAAUCAUGCUGAACUGGUUUCGAUGGACAAAGAGCGCACAGAUCGUCUUCGUGGCUCCUACCAAGCCUCUGGUUGCCCAACAAAUUUCUGCGUGCUUUGGCAUCGCUGGUAUACCGCGUUCUCAGACCACAAUGCUUACUGGAGAGGCAGCGCCUGGAAUCCGAGCAGAGCAGUGGCAGAACAAGCGGGUGUUCUUCAUGACUCCCCAAACCUUGAUAAACGACCUCAAGACAGGCAUAGCCGACCCAAAGCGAAUUGUCCUGCUCGUAGUGGACGAAGCCCACAGGGCAACUGGUGGCUAUGCCUAUGUGGAAGUGGUCAAAUUCCUUCGUCGAUUUAACAAGAGCUUCCGUGUCCUUGCUUUGACGGCCACCCCUGGUUCCACAGUGGAAUCCGUGCAAGCUGUCAUUGACGGACUGGAAAUUUCAAGGGUCGAAAUUCGGACUGAACAAUCCAUUGACAUCAGGGAGUAUGUUCACGCGCGAAACACCGAUGUAGAGACAUUCCAAAACUCCGAGGAGAUGGUCCUGUGCAUGGAUCUCUUUUCUAAAGUUUUGCAACCGCUCGUCAACCAACUCAAUACUAUGAAUGCUUAUUGGGGAAAAGAUCCAAUGAUGCUGACUGCAUAUGGACUCACCAAAGCGAGACAGCAAUGGAUGUUGUCUGAUGCUGGCAGAAAUGCGCACUUUGGUUUGAAGGGUAAAGUCAAUUCGAUCUUUACUGUUCUUGCUAGCUUGGCCCAUUCCAUUGAUCUCCUCAAGUAUCAUGGAAUCACACCAUUUUACCGCCAUCUCAUGCAUUUCCAGUCUGGGAUAGAUCCGAAAAAAGGAGGGAAAUACCAGCGUCAAGUUGUUCAAGAUGACAAUUACAAAAAGCUGAUGAGUCACCUUCAACCUUGGACUAAGAACCCUGAAUUUAUUGGCCACCCCAAGCUUGAAUAUUUGAAGUCAGUCGUCUUGAAUCAUUUCAUGGAUGCAGGCGAGGGCCAAGGUACCAGCGAAGGCGAAAGCCAGUCGGUGACGAGGGUUAUGAUCUUUGUACACUUCCGAGACAGCGCGGAAGAGGUUGUGAGGGUUUUGUCACGAUACGGGCCUAUGAUUCGCCCACAUGUCUUCGUUGGCCAGAGUAGUGCAAAGGACUCGGAGGGAAUGAACCAAAAGACCCAGCUCGGCAUUGUGGAGAAGUUCAAAAAGGGAACGUAUAACACCAUUGUCGCAACCUCCAUUGGAGAGGAAGGUUUGGACAUUGGUGAGGUUGAUCUUAUCGUGUGCUACGACUCAUCUGCAUCACCAAUUCGAAUGCUCCAACGAAUGGGGCGUACCGGCCGUAAAAGGGCUGGAAAUAUCGUCUUGCUUCUUAUGCAAGGGAAAGAGGAGGAAUCGUACAUCAAGGCAAAGGAUAAUUACGAAAAGAUGCAACAGAUGAUUGCGAAUGGUUCUCGAUUCACUUUCCACGACGACAAAUCUCCACGCAUCCUUCCGCCAGGCGUGCGACCUGCUGCGGAUAAAAGGCAUAUCGAGAUUCCAGUUGAGAAUAAAGAUUCUGAUCUUCCCGAACCAAGGAGAAGAGCGCGAGCACCAAAAAAACCACCGAAAACGUUCCACAUGCCUGAUGAUGUCGAGACUGGCUUCACGAAGGCAUCGAGCCUUGCGGGAGGCAGUAAUACCAAAAAGAGUGAGGACAAACGCAUUCGGACGCCAACACCGGAGCCUGUCGAUAUACCGUCGCUUGAGGAAGUUGAACUCACCGCAACUGAGCAAAGGGAGCUCGAGCAUCGUUAUCAGAAUAUUGGAGGUACCAGCCCACAGUUCAUUCGUUUCCCUCGGAAUGAUGCUUUCCCGCGUCUACAACUUGUUCCAAGACCUACAAAGGUAGUGAGACAUGGAUCAAUGACUCACCGGAUGAUUAACGCUCUGCGAAAAAUGGACAAUGUGAGCUCUGAUUGCGAUAAUCGCUACAAGAAAAUUUUGGAACUUGAGUCGACAAAAGAAGAUUCUCUUGCUCGAGAUCAAUCAACCUGGCAAAAGCCCAAAACUCCCAAGCCUCGGACCAAAUCCAGACCCAGCCGUCCGUUCAUACAAUCAGACGAUGAACUUUUUUGUCGGGAUGAGAAUCGACAAUCGUCGCCCCCAGAAGUCCUGCCUUCUCUGGAUGAGCUGAAGGCGAAAGCGUUCUGUGCUUCGCAAACAAGCAUUAAUGAUGAUCUUGAAAGCAAUUUUGAUCUCCCGGAUAUCGACACUCUGCUCAGCGCGAACAAACAAGGCGGUUUUUGA